AUGAAGAUUUAAACACCAUCAUUUUAUCUACCUUUAGUUUUCUGUUUUACAUAUUGUUAUUAGUUCAAUGAAGAUUUAUUGAUUAGUAACUCAAAUCCCGUGGAGAUGAAAUAUAUUCCGCAAAUUUAGAAUUCAUUGCAAUUUGAAUUUUGGAGUUUUUGCAUAGCAAAUUGGUAGGUGAUCUCUUACCCUUGGGUGGAAUAAGAACCUAAUAAAAUGAAAACAAAAUAAUAGCUACUAUUUUAUAUGAAAACACUAAAUGAUAAUCGUGUAUUGGCAUUUCUGUAUACAAAUGUGAUAACGAAUACUGAAGUUACCCAUCAUUUGUUUGUUGAUGAAAAAAUGAAUUAAAUCUAUUAUAAUCCAAGUGAAUAUGAAGGGAUUUGGAUUUUAAAUGUUAUAACUUUUAAGGGAUCCAAACUGUGUUUUGAAACAUUAGGAACUACACAAAAUUAUAAUAUUUUUGAAUUUGAGAUAAAAAAGCAAAUAAGAGAUUUAGCAUUAUAUGUUGGAGGAUCUGGAAUUGUAAUUAAAAUCAAUUAAUUUUAGAUUAAUGGGGUUUAUGAAUUAGCCAUUUUUAGAGGAAGACUAUCCAAAAUAUUCAUGAAUGAAUUAGUCAGAUCAAUUUAUCAAAUAUUUUCAUAGAGAAUAUCGUUUUUAAGAUAAAAUGAAUAUGAAUAUACAAUAAAUUUGCUUCCAGAUUUAUUCAAUUUUGAUGGGAUAGUAUAAAAGGAAUUCGAAUUUGAAUAAUUUGGUAGGAGGUUUUCAAUAUUUGGAUGGGUAAAAUACUAUACGUAAGAUGCUUAUUAAUUAAAGAAGUAUUUAUUGGUUAGAUUAACUCUUUUCAAAAAUUACCAAGAUGAAAUAGAACUAGGAGAUGAAUUACUAAAAGUUACAGUGGAUAUAGAUUAAUCAGAUUCACAAAAUAGUGGAUAUGAUGUUUUAGCUCAUCAUUAUUGGAUGCCAUAUCCUAGUCCAUUAGAUUAAAAUCCAAAGAAUGAUAAAAUCAGUUUAAGAGGAGACCUGCAGUAUUUAGAUUUAUUAUAGAAAUGGCACUUUGUUUCUUUUGAAUAUGGACUAAAUAGUUAUGAUUAAAGGUCUUAAUUUAAAUUAAAUUAUUUUGAAGAUGUUGAUUUAGUAUCUAAAACCUAUUAUCUUGGAAACUAGCAGUAUAACAAUUUAUUUAUAAAUACAAAAUACUAUGCUAUUUUUGGAGGUGACUAUACUAUUUAUGAAAAGAUGAAAGGAUAAAUAUCUGGUUUUUAUUUUAAAUCAAAUUAUUAUUUUGAUUUAAAUAUUGAAUUUAGUAAAAUUAAUUAUUAUUGUUUAGAUUGUCAUUAUAGUUGCUAAACUUGUGAUGGACCAUUGAAUUCUAAUUGUUUAUCUUGUUAUGAUAAUAAUGAAAGAGUCUUUUUAGAAGAAUUUCAUAAAUGUGUGUGUCCUUUUGGAUAAUUUGAAAGAAAUAAAGUAUGCUUAUCUUAUGCAGACUUCUAUCCAACAUUAAAUUAUAUGGAAAUUAAAAUAGAAUUACCAAUCUCUUAAUGUAUGUUUGGAUACUUUUAUUUACCAGAAAAUUAAUAGUGUAUAAAAUGGUAUGAAUUUACAACUAUAUAGUCCUUAAUCGAGUUCCUACAAUGUACUUUGCGUAGAUUGUUUAUUGAAUCCCGCUGAUUGGUAUAUUCGUCCCAUCUGUACUACUGAUUUUGUCACACAAUAAGUUAAUAAGGAUUAAGAUGCGUAUACUAAAUAACUAAGGCCUGCUCUAGAUUAUGAUCUUUAUUACAUAGAUAAUAAUUUUAAGUUGAUAUUACUAGAAGGUGUGAAUGACUUUUGUGAUAUAAAGAAAGUAUUAACAACAAAUUGUUUUGAGUUAAAUGUUAAACAUUUAUCAAGCAUGACAUUUGGCAUUUGUAAACAAAAUCGUUAUUACUCUAAUCUUAGUUGUAAUUUAUUAGAUUACGCAUGUAUAAAAUUAACUCAAAGUGAGAAAAAAUGCCAAGAAUGUAUAAGUGGGUAUUACAUAUCAGAAGAUGGCUACUCUUGUUUAUAAUGUUCAUAAUCCUGUAAAAGUUGCGAUGGCAUAACUUAAUGCACCUCUUGUGAACUUAAUUUUGGACUUGUUAAUGGAUAAUGUUAGAGAUGUGGAAAAUUUUGUAGCAGUUGCAAAUAUUCAAAUGAAUUAAAAAUUCUGCGCUGUUUGUUUUGUAUUGAUACUCAUUUAUAUUAUUUGUCAUUAAAUGCAGAGGAUUGCAAAAUAAAUGAAAUAGAAAAUUGUAAAUAUGCUUUCGAAAUUUCUGAUUCAAAUCCAUCAAUUAAUUCCUUAGACCAUGACUUUAUAAAGUAUGAGGAAUAAACACUCACAAAAUGUGCAAAGUGUGAAGAUGGCUAUUAUUUUGAUGAUUCAUUGCUUCUCUGCAUUAAAGAUUAAUUAGAAAAUUGUUAAUAAUUUUUUAAAAGAAUGUAAGGAAUUUAAGAAUAUAGUAUUUGUUUAUUUGGUCCUUAUAAUCCAGAUAAUUUAAUAUAUUCAUUUAUCGAUCAAUGUCCAAAAUUUAAAUUACAUUGUCUAUAUUGCGUAAUUGAAUAAUUAACAAUUCAUCUUGUCGGCGAAGUCUAAGCCCCAAAAAAGGCUUCAUACAAAUGUCUAAGUUGCGAAAAUGGCUUUUACGCAUCAAAAAGAACUGGCGAAUGUCAAUCGUGUCCAUCAGAAUUACAUUGUUUGAGUUGUUAUUAGUAGAAUAAAUUUACUAAAGAUAAUUGGAAGAAUGAGAUUCAAGCCUUUUAUCGAGUCACCAUAGAUUUAUUAAAUGCCAAUCAUAAAUUUACUGACUAUGGAUUAAGUUAAAAUGAUUAAGAUUAUGAGAUACUUUGCAAUAAAUGUGAAUAAGGAUAUGAAUUCUAUGGAGAAAAUUGCAUUCAAAUAUGUCCUGAAUCAUGUUUAGAAUGUGUAAUCAUUAAUAAUACAAAUAUCUGUGUUAAAUGUAGAUAGGGUUUAGUUGGAAGAAAUCGUAGCUUAAUAGAUAACAAAUGCGUUAGUUGUCCAUAAAAUUGUUAGUUGUGUAAAGAAAGAGAUGAAUAGCAAGUACAUUAGAUAAAUCCACUCUUUAAUAAUUAAUAAUACUCUUAUUUCUCUUAUUUUUGCCUAUCUGGAUUUACAGGAAUAUUUGAUUAAGAAUUAGGAACUUAUGUAGACUGUUAAGAUGGUCCAUGUUUGAAAUAAAUUAUCAUAAAUUUAAAUUUAUAUUGUAAUUUGGAUGAGUAUGAAUAAUAACUUAACUUAUUGUAUAGUGAUUAGGAAAAAUUGAAAUUUAGACAAGACAAUAUUUUAAGUGAUGAUUUAUUUUCUAACUCAAGUUUUAAAUAUGUAAAUUUUGUUAAAUUAUUUUAGUUUGAAACAUAAGAAUUUUACUAAAUGGCUAAUGAAAAAUCAAUUAAAUAAAUCUUGAUAAAAAUAGUUAGCUAAUAAAAAUAAAUUUGUAUGGUAACAGAUUAACUUCAAAUCUCUCAAAAUUUUAGUUCGAAUAUUUUUUCAGCUAUGUAAUCAUUAAUUUUUAAUAGCUUUUCAGAGACGUGGAACUGGAAAUUUAUGGUAAUGAAAUUACAACACUUAAAUUUAAAAAAUAAUUGUUGCUUGUAAAUUUUAAGAAAGUGCACAUCGAAGGAAUACGAAUUGAAAUAGAAUAUUUCACCUUUGGUCCUAACCUAUUACAUUUUACAAGUCUUUUUGAAUAAACUAUUGAAUUAGUUAACAUCAACUAUAAGUAAGACUUUGACUUAACAACUUUCUAUACAAUCAUCUCAAAUGCUACAAAUAUUUUAAUCUAAGAUUUUGAUGUGAAAGAUUGUACAAGAGGAUUUUCUAUUAGAAGCUUAAUAAGAAUUGAAUAGACGUAAUCUUAGCAGUCAAUAAAAAUUAUAAAUUUUAGUCUUAUAAAUAGCUCGUUUGAAAAUUUACAUUUAUUCUGGUUUGAUCUUAAGGAAGAUGAUUUAGUUGAGAUAAAUAACGUAAUUAUUUAAAAUGUAGUUUUUAAUUCAGCAUUAGUAUAUUAAACAAAAGGUGAAUUAUUAGUUAAUUAAAUACAAAUAUCUUCUUGUCGAAUAUCUUCUUAAAGCGGUUUAUUUUAGAUUAGUUCUUUAAGAAAUUUCAGAUUAAAUUAGUUUGAUUUUAUAUCAAAUGAAAUUAUAUCUGGUAAAAUUUUUAAUCUUAAUCAAUAUGUAAGUUUAAUGAACUUAAAUUUUAUUAAAAAUGAGCUUUUAGAAAGUACCCUUCUCUUUUACAAUGAAAAAGUUCAUAUAGAAUUCAUCUUUAUAUAAAAUGCUAUCUUUUAAUUAAAUAAACAUAGUGAGAGUGCCAAAUUUAUGAAAAUCAUUUAAAUCACUUAACCUAAUCAGAAAAUAAUGAUGAAUUCAAUUUCGAUACUUGAAAAUCAAUUGUUUGAAAACAAACACUAAACCACUGACAAUUUACUGGAUAUAACUUUAAUGUAUUUGGAAGCUCAAUCGGUUAAAAUAGAUAAAUUAACCUUUGAAAAAUUAUAUGGAAUACCUGAUUUAGUAAUUGUAAAUGCUAAUGUAUUUCAAUUAAAUGAAAUCUCAAUUUAACAACACGACAACCACAAUUUUAAAGGGCUUUAUUAAAAUUUUGAUUGUUUUUUAUAAUCUAUAGAAAAUCGAUUCUUUUAUGCUUGGAUUAAAAUUUAUGAUGUACCAAUAAUUGAUAUUACUCAUUUAAGGAUCUCGAAGGCUUAAUCAAUUAAUUACCCUAUUAUUGAAAUAAAAACUUCUAUCUUGACAUUUUAAACCCUAAAGCAAAUAAAAUUUUCAGAAUUGCAUUUAAUUCAAAAUUUGUUAUUAAUCACAAACAAAAUUAACAUAGCUUCAAUUAUUAAAAUAUCAUCUGAAGAAGACUAUCAAAUAGAUGUUAUAAAUUCAACAUUUGAAAAAAAUCUAAUGCAUCAAUAUAUUUAUAUUGAUUAAAUAAAUUCAUGUUUGAUUUUAUUUGUCGAUUGCAAGUCUUGUACUUUUCAUCUUAAUAAUCUAAUCAUCAAAAACAACAUGAUUACAAAUUCUUCAAAUAGUAUUUUUUAUUUUUAAAGUAGAAGCAUAGAAAUACACAAUUGCAGUUUUGUAGAAAAUAACUUAUUUGAUUAUUCAAUUCUACAGCCUUAUUUAUAUUGGGGUUUUAGGAUAGAUCAGAAAAUCUUUAUGGAAGAAGUAAUAGAUACUUUUCCAAUAAAAGUCAAAACGGGAAAUGCCAAAAUAAUAUGUCAACAAAUAUUGAUAAGAAAUUUCACUAUUUUUAACUCUACAGUUUCAGGACUUUAUUUGUAAUUAGAAAAGGAAUCAUCUGUCUAAAUUUAGGAUGCAGUCGUUAGUUUGAUUAGUCCUUCAAUUUAUCAAGUUGAUGAAAAUGGAGGGGCCUUCUUUAUUGAUACUUCAUUUUCUGUUUCCUAAGUGAUAUCGUUUAUAAAUAUUUUUGCAUCUAAGAUUUCUUGUAGAAAUCAUGGGGGUCUGCUUUACAUUUAAAAUGUUUUAGAGGCCACAAAAAUCUCAUUUUCAAACAUUGUUAUUAAUGAUGUAUAUUCACUAAAGGGAUCUAUGUUGUAUGUAGAGUUUUCUUUACUAGCAAAACAACAGUAAGUUAUACUUGAAAAUUUGACACUCACAAAUUCAAAGUAAGAAUACUUAAGGUUUAUUAGUACAUUUAAUGAAGCUAACAGUUAAUUAUAAUAGGCUUUAAAAUUCGGUCGAAGUUUGUUCCAAAUUAAUAAUGCAAAUUUAGUAAUUUUAAAGAAUAUUAUGAUUUUUUCAUUAUUUCAUGAGUCUUUUGCUUUUCUGUCUAAGACCUUAAUAAUAGAACUUAUAAAUUGUAGAAUUUCAAACUCAAUAAUAUAAAAUUCUUUAGUGAGUGUGAAUUCAACGCAAAGUAAUUCCUCAAUCAGGAUCGUUGAGUGUCACUUUACCAAUAUUUCGGCCUUAGAUCAUAUUCCCAUAACAGAAAGAUGUAAUCGUUAAUCAUAAAACGUUGAAAUUCAACAAUAUGUCUGCUCAAAUGAUUCAGUCCUUUAAGAGUCCCCUCUUUGGUUGAUGUAGAAAUAAAACAAAGAUAAUUUAUUAAAUAGUUAUUGUAUUAUCAACUAAAUAAAUCUGUAUCAAUAACCAAUAUAAAGUCUCAUCGAUAUUGAACCAUAUUUUACUUUUAUAGAAAUAUCUGAACUUAAUUUAAAAAGUAUCAAAUGUGAUAUUUGUCAAAAUGGGUUACUAAACAUUAAUAUUUAGGAAAAUGAGACCAUUAUAAUUAUGAAUUCGAUUAGUAUUUAUGAUAAUUAAUGUGGAGAAUUAGGCUGUUUUAAUAUAAAAAAAUCUAUUGAAAAACAUAGAAUUUUACAAUCCUUAAUCCAGAAUAUCAAUGAAAAAUAAUAUGAUUUAAGGGUACAAAACUAUAAGUGUAUUCAAAAUUUUGCUUAGAGUGGUACUUGUCUAUAAAUUUAGGAUGUCAAAACUUUGAUUAAAGAUUCUAUUUUUUCAAACAAUAUCGCUAAAUCGCAAGGCGGGUCAAUAUAUGUAAUAGGAAAUGAGGCCUUUUUUAUACUGAACUCUGUAAUUUCUUUUAAUAAGGCCAAAUUUGGCGGAGGUUUAUUCUUAAAGGAUUAGAUAGUUUAAAACUUGAUUAAAUAAAGGACAAUAAUCUAUGGUAAUAUAGGAGUUUAAUAUGGAAAUGAUUUUGGUUAACUUCCUUCUUAAUUAUAAAUAUCUAUUGAUUUAGAUAGCUUCCUACCUAAAGUUAAGAUUGUAGAAAAUGAAAAUAUUCUGAUAGAAUAAAUUAAGAUUGGAAGUUAUAAAUUAUUUUUACAAACCUAUUCUGACUCAUUAUAUGUUCCAAAUGGAUAAGCAUUGUCUAAAUAUUAAUUUUUUAAUUGGAAAAAAUAAGAAUAUAUGCAAUACAAUUUUCAUCUAAGAUUGAUUCCUAUGGAUUUAUUUAAUAAUGUUUAAGAAAAUUUAGUUAAUACUUAAUGCGAAAUAAGUGGUAGGAUACUUAAAGAAAAAGAUGACUCAAAUUUUACCUCUGAUUUUACUAGUUUUAGUUAAGUCACAUUUAAUUAAUCUGAUUAUAAUUUUGAUAAUAUUGCCUUCUACCUAGAUGAUUAAUAGAAUCUCACCUUAUAAUUACAAUUUCAUUGCAAUUCAAUAUUCGCUCCAAUAUAUGGAAAAAAUUAAGAAAUCAUAGGAUUUCAUAACAAUUAUUAUAUAAGAAUGAAUAUAUAAUCAUUACCUUGUUAAUUAGGUGAAAUUAAAAGCGUUUUUGAUGGUACUUGUAUACCAUGUAAUGCAUCCCAAGGUUUGUAUUCAUUAGUCCUUAAUUCUAACAAUUGUUCAUAGAAAGAUGAUUUCUCUACUAGCGAAAUUAACUCAGCUUAAUUAAAAUUAAAGCCAGGGUUUUGGAGACCCUAUUUUGAUACAGAUUAGAUAAAUCAAUGUAUAAAUUUACUUGAUAAUUGUAAUGGCGGAUGGAUAGAAGGAGAUACAUCUUGUUAUGAAGGUCAUAUAGGAGCGUUAUGUGAAGAAUGUGACAUUGAAAAUAUUAGAGGAUUUGGAUAUUUUUCAACUAAUAAAAAGUAUUCUUGUGGCUCUUGUAUUGACGAUAAUUAGAAUAUUGCUGCAAUUACUGCAAUAAGUUUAUGGUAUAUUUUUUGUGAUUAUUUUUUAAGGACUUUAAUCUCUAUAUUAAUCUCAGUUAGAAGCAACGUUUCACUAAAUGAGCAAAUGGUUCUUAAAAAAGUAAUUCAAAAAUUAAUAAGGUCUAAUAUGUAAUAUCACUCUAAUUUUGGCAUCUUAAUCAAAAUGACAACGAAUCAUUUGCAAAUAGUCUCUGUUAUUUUUACUUUUAGAUUUCAAACAUUCAUAGAUAUUGACAAUAUUGUAACCGCUAUUAGCAAUCCAAUUUAAUCGAUGACUCAUUCACUUGAUUGUUUAUUAAAAGAUAUGUUUGAUGUUCAGAUUCAUUAUUCAAGAAUAAUAUGGUAAAUAAUCAUGCCGUUUAUUUAUAUUUUUGUAUUUUUAGUCUUAUAUUGGUUUGCUUUAAAAAUAAAUAAACUGAAAUACAAUCUAAAUGUAAUAACUACAACCUUAAUAUAUAUGUACAUCUACCUUUAACCAUUUUUGGUGGGUAGAUUAAUCUCAUUAAUAUCGUUUAGACAGAUAUCAGGUUUCUUUUGGAUUUAAGCUAAUGUUGCAUAUAGAUAUGAUACACAGCUUCAUUAUUAAUGGUUAUUCAAGUUUUGCUUACCAAUUUUAAUUUUAAUCUCUUUGAUACUCCCUACAUAUUUUUUAAUUUCUUUGUAUUCCAAUAAAUCAUAAUUAAAUGAAAAAAGAACAAGAUAAAAAUGGGGUUAUUUAUACAAUGAAUAUAAGAUCCAAGCCUAUUACUGGGAAAUAAUUAAAAUUAUUGUGAAAUAACUUCUAAUAAUUUUCCUUUCUUAUUACGAUGAAAAUAUUGUGAAAAAGGGGAUUCUAUUAUUGUCGUUAGUAUAUUUAUAUUGGGAACUAAGUAAAAGAUAUCAACCUUAUGCAUUAUUCAUAUUAAAUAAAUUAGAUGCUUAUUCAGCAAAUGUUUGCGGAAUAUCAAUUGCAGUUGGAAUAGGAAUUUAUAUUGAUUAAUAGAAUUAAUCAUACUAAAUUCAGAUACCGUAUUUCAUCAUUCUCUUUGCUCUUAAUUUGCAAUAUUUGAUUAAAAUUCUUAAAGAAAUAAUAUUGACUUUUCUUGAGGAGAAUUUCCUAUUUUUUGAUAAAAUUAAAGAGAUAAUCAUUACUGCAAUGCCAUGGAUUACAAAGUAUGCAUUACUUCAAAAAUUGUUAUAAAAUAGAAAUGUAUAAAAAUAAAGAAUAGCCUUGAGGUAUCUUAAAAUAAAAAAAUACCUAAUAAACUAAGCCUAAAAAAGUCUUGCAUUUAAGAAUAAUUUAUAUGGUGUUAAGAUUAUAUCAAAUUCUGUCCCAAAGUAUUCUUCCGUUUGA